AUGGUCAUUCUGCAGCAGGUAGGUUUGAUUUCAACACACGUUCGUGUCCGACCAAGGUAAUAUUGGUUAAAGAGGCAACCAGUGUCUGUGCCAAUUAAGAUCCCCAUUAAGGCUGUUUUGACUUCAUUCAGUGGAGUUGAGGGGUUAAUAUAAUGACUGUUGCAGGAUUUAAACAUCUAUUGUUUACCAGAGUCAACUCAUCCAAACACAGUAAUUGUUUGGUUUGGUCGAGAAGCAACCUCUGCUUCUGGAAAACUUGCACUUUACUGUUAUAUCUAUCAAACUUUCCAGGAGUUUAUACCGUAUGUUCCAGGUCAAGGGUCAGUGUCCUUAAAGGGAUAUUCCGGCGUAAAAUUAAGGUAAGGUCAAACACACCAUAACACCGAGUUAGACACCCCGUCGAGAGAUGAAUGUUGCCGACUGCUUGCUUCUCUCUUUAUACCAACUUUAGUAACAACCACAGAUAGCAAUACAGAGAGCCACGCGCUCGACCAGAACGCCACUGUAUAGCCACAAAAAAUGCUCAGAACAGCACCUAACUUCAUCAACGGGAUAUGUUUGGUCCCAGCCAUAGUACUAGCCACCAAACAUCUGCUUGUUUGUACGGAGACCUCCAGGCGAGCCCAUCGACUGCCGCGGGUGAUGCAGCUCAAGGAAGAACAUUUAUGAUCAUUUCCUUGUGGAAAUACAAUCAGACCGAGACGCUAAGGCAGAAGAACUACUGCGUCUGCAGUGCAAAAUGAUUAAUAUGGUGAUUAUUACUUCAAGUAAAUGAUAAAGUAGUGAUCAUAAAUGUUCUUCCUUGAGCUGCGUCACCCCGCAGCAGUCGAUGGGCUCGCCUGGAGGUCUCCGUACCAGACCACCUCAGACCACUGUGUAUUGCUAUCGUGCGGUCAUUACUAAAGUUGGUAUAACUAGAGAAGCAAGCGGUCGGCAACAUUCAUCUCUCGACGGGGUGUCUAACUUGUUGUUACGGUGUGUUUGACCCUAACUUAAUUUUACACCGGAAUAUCCCUUUUAAGGGCUUGUGUCCUGCUAACCACAGUGUCCAUGACCUCAGUCUCUGACACUCCCUGUUUCUCAGUCAAGACAGUUGUCCUGUGGUACUUCCCUUUCAACACAUCCUGAACUCUGUUUUAAAAUGCUCAUUGUGCUUCAACUUUACGUCUAUUCAGUGAAAAUGUAAAAGCAGUUGAUAAAAAUCAUGUUGAGGCAUUAGCAGUAGCUGUAGACUUGGAGGUUUUAUUUUAAAAAUAAGGUCUGGUUAUUUUUUCUAUUGUACAGACUUCCACCAUCAGAAGUCCCACCCCCACCUUGACUUUGAUUGGUCAGUGAUAAAGACAUGGCAUUAGCUAACGGCUGUUUUUCAAUCCUUGAAUUAUUCUGUCUGGGAGCAGAUUGAGCAAAGCUGCAUUAAACACCUGACACAGAGGGAGUUACUGCACUUUGCAUUGAAAACACUGAAAAUGCAGUCAGUGGACACAGGCCCUUACAGCUGCCAAACCAAGAAACUGUGAUAGCUGAAGAAUAAAACCUCCCACCCAUUAGGUGACUUCUUUGGAGCCAUUGAAAGUAGACAUUAUAACCCAGUGAAUUCAGGGCUCACUUCUGUGUUAAAUACCCAAACAACCCAGAGCUGUGAGGUCGGGGUUAUAUCAUACCUGAUACUGGGCUUAAGGUGGACCGCUUUAAUUCUUUUUCAGACUUAAUCCUCACAUUCAGAGAGCCGGCAGCGAGGGGAACAGUGGAUGUGCGAUACAGUUUUAAUACUAACUACUGUAUUUAUUCUGCAUAAAUAACUCAAAAAUAAAACAAGUAAAGCAGAAUGUAUGAUAUUAUAAAAUAAGCACUUGCUAAUAGACUAAGUUAGAUUUUGAUGAUUUUAUUGACAUCGUAACAGAGCCUCUGGGUCAGAUUGGUGUUUUAUUUUUUUAGCAUAAAAACGUGCUGCAAUGAAAGCAGAAGUUUGCUUUCCAUUAAGUCCAGGGUUUCAGAGAGUUAUGAGGCAUUUAAAGAGGUAGUGAUGCAUUCAUAACACCUCAUGACUACAUUUUAAAAAUAUGAAACUUACUAAACAGCUGUAUGAAAAGUAGUGAAAGCUUUUAUUGGUGAUCAGUUAUAAGCUUAAGUAUGUCUUUUAUCGGUUUGAGACGAUAAAACCUGUGCUCGACAAAAACAAUCAGCAGCAGAAAUGAUCCAUGGUAAGUUAUUUUGAUCUGCACAGUAUGAUAAGUUCUAUAUUUUUAUGAAAGUGAAGUAAAUCUGGGGUAAUUUCAUGCUGAAAGAUAACAUAACAGUGUUGGUGAAAAAAUGUUUGUGCAUAUACAAGUCUGCACAACGAUGUAAGAUACCGAAAUGCAAAAAAUGAUGAGUUUGUUUCAUUAGGAUUGGAGCCCUGAGUUUGAAAACGAUUAUUCUUUCUCAUUUAUGUUUCAUUUCUGCACGCAUUCGAUUAUUUUCUCUCUCUGCUGAGUUUGAUGAUUAGAUUUAACCAGAGCUGUUUUGUUUUUUAAUCCAGGGGGACUAUGUGUGGUUGGACCUUAAAACGGGCCGAGAGUUUGACGUCCCUGUGGGAGCCGUGGUCAAACUCUGUGACUCUGGACAGAUCCAGGUUCUGGAUGAUGAAGGAACGGUGAGUCAAUAGCUCAUACUGACUCUGUAGAUGCCCUAUAGUAAAAACAUACUAGUACAUUUUAUUGUGCCCGUUGUUUGGUAAAAUUUACCGAAUGUUUUUGGUGUGCCAUGAAGUAGAAAAACUGAUACCUGCAAAUACAUGAAACUGGUCCUUUAAAGGGGCAGACAGUGAUGUAGAGUGAUUGGACUGGGAAAAAACAAAACAUUUACACGGCGAAUUCAAGUUUUGUUAUACUUGGCACUGAAUUUUGUAGGUUUGACCAAAAAUCUUUAAUCGGUAUUAAAAGCAUUUCAGUCAGUAGAAUAAGUAGACAAACUGGAAAUGGUGCAAGUAGUGCAAUGGUGGAAGAAAAGAUGCUGGAUGGUCUAAAUUUUGUCAGCCUAUGUUAGAUUUCAAGCAUUUACAGUUAGUGUCCCCCGAUUUUGCUUUGGCGUUGCACAGUCAAGAUAUCGAUGAUUAAAGCCAGACUCACAAACUUCUCUGUGCUGGUUCUCCUGGAGCUCUCGCCAUAUUUGUUCUUGUGUUUUUUGCACCCUUAGACAACAUUGAGGCAGCCAAUCAGGGCAGUGCCUCGUUAUUGUAGCAUCCCUCUCCACUCAGGUCACCGCAUGGAUAACGGGUUAGAAUCGGAGAGGCGGCAGAUCCUUAACGCAGGCUGGAUUUCUUAAAAGAGGAGAACAUAUAAAGCUACUAUGUGGAAAAUUUUCAUCUGCAUUUGACUCCAAACUAGAGGGGUUCGAUUCUUAACUUGUUCAGCCGUCUCAUUUUGGACAUUGCAAAUCCAAGUAAUAAACCAAAUCUUCUACUCUUUCCCUCCCCUUUCUCCUCACACAGGACCACUCCAUUUCCCCUCAGUAUGCCACCAACAUUAAGCCCAUGCACCCCACCUCCAUCCAGGGGGUGGAAGACAUGAUCCGACUGGGAGAUCUCAACGAAGCCGGCAUCCUCCGUAACCUGCUCAUCCGUUACUCUGAGCGUGUCAUCUAUGUGAGUAUCUGCUUCUUCGUUCGUGUUUCCGCAAAGGAAGGAGACGGACAACAGGCUGCAGAUGCGUUAACUUCUUAAUCGGGAUAAUCUGUUUACACAAACCUCCAACACGUUGAUGUUGAGUUGACUAUAAAUAAAGCCGUCAACAGGUUGUUUACCCAUAGACCCAGAUGGUCUUUAGGUUUAAACGGGGAUCUCUUCUAAAUAGGGUUUUCUUGAUAUUAAUGAAAGCUUUUCUGUUGUUUCAAACCUGCAGACGUAUACAGGUUCAAUCCUGGUGGCAGUCAAUCCGUACCAGCUGCUCCCCAUUUACACAGCAGACCACAUCCGCCUCUACACCAACAAGAAGAUCGGAGAGAUGCCGCCUCACAUAUUCGCCAUCGCCGACAACUGUUACUUCAACAUGCAGCGAAACCAAAAGGACCAGUGCUGUAUCAUCAGGUGUGCGUCAACUUGAGGUUCGGAUGGAGGGAAGGGAUUAAAGGAAGGCCUUUGUUAAUAUUCAGGGCCUCUGUGUGUUUGUGUGUGUUAAACAGCGGAGAGUCUGGAGCCGGGAAGACAGAGAGCACAAAGCUGAUCCUGCAGUUUCUGGCAGCCAUCAGCGGGCAACACUCCUGGAUUGAGCAGCAGGUCCUGGAGGCCACACCCAUCCUGGAAGGUCAGACCACUUCUCUGUUUGGACUCUGUACAAAGUUUGAUCUUAAAUGUACUGGGAUAAAAACUCCAAGGGUCAGAUAUUUGAGAGAGAGUCUCAGUUUUGUCAUCAUGCCUCCUUAUGAAACUGUUUCCAGGUAAAAACCCUUUUUCACCGACCUGUUAACACUCGCUUUGUCGCUCUUUAGGUCAGUUUACCUGCAGCCUGUUAUCCAACACUGUUCAGGAUUAAACUAGCAGCAGACGACGGCCCAGCCGAUUCUAAACUGGCUAAUACUGACCAAUCGCAAACAUUAAACUACAGUUGCUGCAAUUAAGUCUUUCUUUUUGGAUUCGUUCCCACUGAUCAUGAUUAAAGCACAUUUACAUAAACCGAGCAGCUGCCUCUCUUCACUAUGAUGCAGAUAUCUCUGAUGUUAUAUUUAAACAUUGAGUUUUUUAUUGUUUAAGACUUCAACAUUAUUCAUCUCAGCGUACAAUGCAUCUAUAUCCAACUAACAUACUUUUAUAAACCAGGGUACUUCAUAGGAGUUUAUCACCACACAUCCAGGUCUGAAAAACUAUUUGUUCAUUUUUUUGCAUUUUAAUCUCAAAAUAGUUUGAAUUUCUUUAAAGGACUCCCAUCUCGUGUAAAUAUUGAGCUUUUAAAAACCAGUUAAUUGAUUUCAUAGAUCAAGUUCGCUGGUUUGGAUUUAUAAAACUCCCCAAAAUGUUCCUUUUUGGUUUAGACUCGAUGUAAAACAAGCUCUGUGUUUUUGUUUCUGCCCCUCCAUCACCUCAAACUGCUGUUGUUUCAUUCCUCCAGCCUUCGGCAACGCCAAGACGAUUCGUAACGACAACUCCAGUCGCUUCGGGAAAUAUAUCGACAUCCACUUCAACAGGCGGGGAGCCAUCGAAGGAGCAAAGAUAGAGCAGUACCUGCUGGAGAAGUCGCGAGUGUGCCGACAGGUGAGACUCUGGAUCCUGGUUUACACAGCUCAGCUCAGAGGAUGAAUCCAUGUCAACAGAAGUUACUCGAAUGUUGAUUCAUCAUUUAAUCAGACCAGUUUCUGUAUGCUCUUGGUGCAAAAUGAAUGUUGUUGAGACGAAGUUUAUUAUUACAAUCUCUUUCAGGCUCCAGAUGAGAGGAACUACCACAUCUUUUACUGCAUGCUGAAGGGCAUGGCUCCUGAGAUGAAGUCAAAGCUGGGCCUGGGUCUCGCUACAGACUACGCUUACCUUACUAUGGUGAGUCGGUGUGACCGUGUGGGGCAGCUUUUGGGCUGCGUUUUUAGGUCAUUCUAAGUCUGAACUAAAACUCAGACUUGGUUGUUUUUACAUGGCCUAUGAUGUGGUAUGAACUGCUAUAAAAACUCACACACAGCCCUGAAUGCUUUGUAUGUUCACCUUUAUUAAUCUUAUUAUCAAUUACAGUCAUUUAUUUGUUCUUAUAACAGCAUUUUCCUGUUAAUCUUUGGAGAAAACUGAUGUUUUUGAUGAAAACCCCCUCAAAUGAGUCGACUCGUCAUUAGGGUCCCACAAUUUAAGUCUCUUAUUUAUCCAAAUAGAAGCAAAUGUUCCCUGUUUUCUUCCUCUGACCAGGGUCACUGCACAGAGUGUGACGGUCGUGAUGACCUAAACGAUUACUCCAGCAUCAUCUCGGCCAUGAAGGUCCUCAUGUUCACUGAGACCGAAAACUGGGAGAUCUCGAAGCUGCUGGCUGCCAUCCUGCACAUGGGGAACCUGCGCUUUGAGGGUAUGAUGUACACUAAUGAAAAGCAUUUUAAAGAGCACGUUCACAGGGUUAUUGCAGGUGCUUAAGGAUGUUUCCUAAUCGUGUAUAAGUGGUGUAAAGAUACUGAGAAUGUAGUGGGAAAAACUGUGAUCUUGAUUUCCCGCCUCAGCUCGUACGUUCGAAAACUUGGACGCCUGUGUAGUUGUGAGAUCUCCUGACCUUGUUACUGCUGCUUCACUCAUGGAGGUGAGUCUGGUGAACUAAAAAAGAUUCAUUCUGUAUGUUUCUACUAAAUGUUUCUACAGUUUAGAUUCAGAAAUAGAGACGCAAACCACUUCCAUAUUUUUUGGAGUCACCCUUCUGUGACAAAAAACAUGGAGUUUAUGUUUUCAUGUGCUCUGCAGGUGGAGCCUAAAGACGUGAUGGUGUGUUUGACCACACGAACCCUGAUCACCCGAGGGGAAAGUGUCACCACGCCUCUCAGUGUGGAACAAGGCCUGGAUGUCAGGGAUGCCUUUGUGAAGGUACAAAUAUUAACAGCUAUGCAAUUAUCCAAUGGCGGUCAAAGUUCUGAGGUAAUCGUACGCAUUGUUUUCAGUUUUUUAACAACUCAUAUAUUUCAGGGGAUCUACGGGCGACUGUUUGUGUGGAUCGUGGAUAAAAUCAACGCUGCCAUUUAUAGACCGCCAUCUUGUGAGAGUAGCAUUGUACGCAGGUCCAUAGGGCUGCUGGACAUCUUUGGAUUCGAAAACUUUAUCCUCAACAGGUGAUUCAAAAAGCUUCAUCAUCUCUCUCUUUAUUCAACAUGAAAACCUUGUUUGAGCUCCGCUUUAUUAUGCGACACAACUCUGUUCUUCCUCUUUUGUAGUUUCGAGCAGCUGUGCAUCAACUUCGCCAACGAGAACCUGCAGCAGUUCUUCGUCCGCCACGUCUUCAAACUGGAGCAGGAGGAGUACAACCUGGAGGACAUCAGCUGGCAGCACAUCGAGUUCACAGACAAUCAGGACGCUCUGGAUAUGAUCGCUAACAAACCAAUGAACAUCAUCUCCCUCAUCGAUGAGGAGAGCAAGUUCCCAAAGGUACACAAGAUGAGAGGAUGAAGUCAAACUGCUACUUUCGUGUGUUUUAUAGGUUAUUUUAUGAAAAGUUACAUACAUUUACUCAUCUUUAUAAGUCAAUUCUUGUUUGUUUUUUUUUAGGGAACUGAUGCCACAAUGUUAUACAAGCUCAACUCACAGCACAAGCUCAACAGUAACUACAUCCCUCCUAAAAACAGCUACGAAACCCAGUUUGGUAUCCAACACUUUGCUGGUGUGGUGCACUAUGAGACCAGAGGUGAGUCUGCUUCAUCCGCCCCUCUUUCAUUUAUUCUGCUCGAUUUUGUUCAGUUUGAAUUCUUCGUGGCAGUGUUUUCACCUCAGCUCCUCUCUUGUUUGUGAUGAGUGAUGCUGCAGUUUUUAAUUUGGGUCUCAGGGGAGAAUUCUGGGAAACUAAAGGUCACAUUAGAUGAGGGUGGCAUCCAAAAGAAAGGACAUCUAAACAAACCGUAAUAGAGACACACAAUCCCUACAGCAUAUUUUAUCUUGAUAAUAAUGUCAUGAUUAUCAUCACUUUAAAUCAGGAAGUAGUAGCGGUCUUUGUCAGGGGUAAACUAAACAUGUUUUUUUUAUUUUAGGGACAAUAACUGGGUGAUGCAAAAUUUCUUGUCAAGGAAAUAUUAAGCAUGCAGGAGAUUUAGAAACUGUGACUACUCAGAGAAGCGGAAGUGGAAUUUAAGCAUGUAGAUAUCAAAGACUUCCUUGCCCACAGGGGGCGCCAUAAUUGACACAAACCACAAGUUCCUCAUUGGAGCUUUACGUUAAGUCAUGCUAUCACAGAUUUAAAGGGAUAUUAAAGGGAUCAAAUCAAUUUAAGGUCAAACACACCAUAACACCGCGUUAGACACCCCCUUGAGAGAUGAUCGCUUGCUUCUCUAGUUAUACCAACUUUAGUAACGACCGCACAAUAGCAAUACACAGUGGUCUGAGGAGCCAUACACAAACCUAAACCAAAACGCCACUCUAUAGCCACAAAUAAUGCUCAGAACAGCACCUAACUUCAUCAACAGGACAUAUAGGGUCACAGCCACAGCACUAGCCACCAAACAUCUUAUUAACUUUGCCUAAUUUCUUUAGCAAAGAGACUAAACACAACUCACCUACUCUCCUCUAGCAGCCACUUGUUUGUAGCGAGACCUCAGGCAAGUCUAUUACCGAGUGCAGCAGGGUGAUGCAGCUCAAGGAAGAACAUUUAUGAUGUGUGGUGGCGAGUGCUAUGGCUAGGACCCUAUAUGUCCUGUUGAUGAAGUUAGGUGCUGUUCUGAGCAUUAUUUGUGGCUAUAGAGUGGCUUUUCGGUUGAGGUUUGUUUAUGGCUCCUCAGACCGCUGUGUAUUGCUAUCGUGCGGUUGUUACUAAAGUUGGUAUAACUAGAGAAGCAAGCGGUCGGCAACAUUCAUCUCUCGAGGGGGUGUCUAACUUGGUGUUAUGGUGUGUUUGACUCUAAACUAAUUUUACCCCAGAAUAUCCCUUUAAGUAUCAAUAAUUUUCCUCACAUAUGAUCAGUAAAGAAAAUAAUACUAAAAACAUAAUUUCUAUAUUUGAUAUUUGCUCAUUUUCCCUCCAAAAUAAAUAUAAUAUUUCUCACUUUUGGGCCGUCAUUCAGAGAAGAUAGCAGUGUGAUGAUGUCUCAGUGGACUUUAUGUCUGCGGCUCUUUGUUUGCCAUUAAUGAAACAAUCGUGAUGAACCGAAACUCAAAUUGACAGUAGUUUGUCUGUCUUUGCUGUCCCUCCAGGGUUCUUGGAGAAAAACAGAGACAGCCUCCACACGGACAUCAUCCAGCUCGUCCACUCAUCCAAAAACAAGUUCAUCAAGCAGAUCUUCCAGGCCGACGUUGCCAUGGUGAGACAGAUAAAUACAGUGUGUACAUACUUGUUAUGUUGCACUGAUAUUUCUCACCUGCUUUUUUGCCUUUAUUCUAAUUUGAAGUUAGAAAGCUAAAGCUUUAGCUUUCACAAACUUUGCUCCCCCCUCCUCUCACUCCACUUUCUCUUCUCUGUUUCCUCGAUCUUUUCCAAUCGCAUCAGUAUCUGUGUGGCUAUCAGCAGCCCAGCACUCCCACUCCCAAGGUAAUCAACAGUCUCUAGCAACACGGGGUGACACAAACCCUGUUUGCGAUUUGGCUUUAAACCGAAAUCAAAGCUGAAAAUCCAAGUGUCCAAGCUCCCCAUCCCCCCUUCCUCGAGCUCUUCUCUUCACCUCAAAAUUAACAUUUGAACUCACAAACCUCGUUUAACUCAUCUCUAGUGAGGUCCAGUCAUGUUUUCUCUUCGUCCUCUCUGGAAAGAUCCCAGAGAAGACGCCUUUUAGACAUUUGCUGUUGUCUCCCAUCUGUUUAUUGUGGUGUUGUCGUGAUACUGGUGUGCACCCUUAGCUGCAUCAUUUCCCCUCAUCAUUUCCUGUGAGAACGUGCUGCGUUACUAUCAGUAUAUUUCGUUCUGUAAGUCUGCAGGAACGUCAUUAUCUGUAUCUGUAUUUAAAUAGAAAACUAAACUUGGGCGUGGCUUGUGUCUUGAAAUGUUUUUUUAGUUUUGAAUUAAUAUAAAGAAACAGAUUCAAACGUACGUUAUUAGGAAAAAAGGAAGUCAUAUGAAUUCUGACCAUGCAGUUUUUGUGAUCAGAUACCCAUAAAACAUCAUCUAAAUCUCUCUCUAUCAGUCUUAUCUAUGUCCAUCUUCCUCUCUCCCCUCUCUAAACCCAGCUCAGUCUCAGCAGAUGACUGUCUAACAUGAGUCUGGUUCUGCUCCAAGUUAAAGAAACUUCUUCCUCUCCACUAUAACCUGCUAAAUGCUGCAAAAGUAUUUUGUUCAUGUGGUUGAAAAUGGGAUGGGAGUGGGUCUGAUUUUGGAAUUUCACCAGCUAUCAGCAGAAGCUCCUCCUCCUCCUUGCCUCCCCCCUCUUCAGCACGAGACAAAAGAAUUUUAUUAAUUAAUUUUUUUAAAACUUUAUUUCUCAUUUUUUAGGUUGGAAGAAUAUGAGGCUAAGUUUUUUUUUUAUUAACUUUAUUUUUAUUUUUUUAGGAUAGCAGAAUACAAGACUAGGAAAUAAUAAUAAUAAUAAAUAUUAUUAUUAUUAUUAAUAAUUUUAUUAUUAUUAUUAUUAUUAUUAUUAUUAUUAUUAUUAUAAAUAAUAAUAAUAAUUUUAUUAUUAUUAUUAUCAUUAUUAUUUACUUUAUUUUUCAUUUUUUAGGUUGGCAGAAUAUAAGGCUAGGAAAAUUGGGUUUUUUUUAAUUUACUUUAUUUUUCAUUUUUUAGGAUAGCAGAAUACAAGACUAGGAAAUUAUUAUUAUUAUUAUUAUUAUUUACUUUAUUUCUCAUUUUUUAGGUUAGCAGAAUACAAGACUAGGAAAUUAACACAUAUAGUUGAAAACUAAAGCCUUCCAGCUUAAUUCUAAAGGAAAGUUUGAGAGGAUUUUAAAGAAAUCUGCCUGCCAGACAGAAGACUUUCCUUGCCAAACUACCGUAUUAAUGCUGCAAGACGUGUUGUUAGCAGGCCACACUGCUGAUAUACAACCUGCUACUCCUGAACAGACAUUCAUACACAGUAAUCAGUGACAUCUGCGCCUUUAAGAACUCAUUUUCAUUUAUUUUACUGCUCCCUUACGUGUUUCUUCUUUUUUUGCAUGUGUUUUGUGUAACUGUAUGUUUUCAGGGAGUGGAGACGAGGAAGCGCUCUCCCACUCUGAGCAGUCAGUUCAAACGCUCCCUGGAGAUGCUGAUGAGAACGCUCAGUGUGUGUCAGCCGUUCUUCGUUCGCUGUAUAAAACCCAAUGAGUUAAAAAAACCAAUGGUGAGAAAAGUCUAUGUGUGUUUGAAUUCUUCUUCACCUUCUGUAUAUCUGCAAAGGCACAUCCAUAAAAAUGUCAAAAAGUUUCACAUUAUACAGGAAACAAAGUUGAAAAAUAAAUAGUUGUUUUCUUCUAGAGAUUAUCCGCUAAACCACUUUUUGGCUCAGCCCAGUUGCUUCCUGGAACCUUGAGGUGACUGGGACGUUGCUAGGCAACCAAAAGAGACUCAAAAGAGUGAAGCAGAGAAAUAACUUUAUGUCUUUAUGCUUCAAAUUUUUAUCAAUGUUAUCUUUCUGUAUUGAUGAGUAUAAAUUUGCUUUCUUUUUUACCUGACUGCACCCUCAGGUCAAACUGAGUCAAACUGUCUUCUGAACUUUUCUCCUUCAUUAAAAAGUCAAUAUUCAAUAUUUCAACGGUCAAAAGAAGCUCUAAAGUUUAGCAAACUAAGAGAUUUUCUUCAAAUAAAUAGUUCAGAUGUCCUUUGUGUUUAGGAGCUAGUUGGAAAGUAUUACCGUCAACAUUUAAGCCCUGCCAAUAAGAGUGUGAUGGAUUGGUCAAAGCAAAGAGCCCUACAACAUUAAAAACAUUCAAUCAAGUUUUAGGAUCUUGUUUUAUUCUUUUUUAUUUUUCAGAUCUUCGACAGGGAGCUGUGUAUUCGUCAGCUGAGAUACUCCGGCAUGAUGGAGACCAUCAGGAUCAGGCGGGCUGGUUACCCCAUCAGAUACACUUUUGUAGAGUUUGUGGACCGAUACCGAGUCCUGAUGCCUGGAGUCAAACCUGCACACAUACAGGUCAAAAACACUUUGACUGCCAGCUGUUACAAAGUUGAUGUUAAUCCUGAAAUAGUUCAAAAAAGCUUCCUGUAAGCUUAUUAAACAGCCUUUUAAUAAAGAAAUCUUUUGUGUUUUGCCAGAUAAUUGUGCUUUAAUGAAGAAACCAUCAUCACCAGCUUUUUUUCAAUCUUACAGCAAAAGAUGAGCUACUUUUUGUCCUUACUUUCACAUUCAUCGUUCUCCUUCUAGGAAGACCUACGAGGGACCUGCCGGAUGAUAGUCCAGGCCCGGCUAGGGAAAUACGAGGACUGGCAGAUUGGAAAGACCAAGAUUUUCCUCAAGGUUGAUUUUUGUUUUGUUUUUUAAUCUACUGAAUCACAGAGAAUUUGAUGGAAUACAAGAACGGAAUCCCUGUCAGAGAACUUUAGGACAUCAGUAGAUACAUGUCACUUAAGCAUAGUUUGUUUACUUCACCACACUGACAUUAAGGCGCUUUAGUCGACUUCUUCUAGUUGGUAAUCCGUUCUUUCAAAGCAAACCUCUGGAUUGCAUGUUUCUUAUUUGCUGCUGUUUCCCCGUUCCUUUCUUUUCAGGACCACCACGACAUGCGGCUGGAGAUCGAGAGGGACACAGCCAUCACCGACAAGGUCAUCCUCAUCCAGAAGGCUGUGCGUGGACUCAGAGAGAGGUAAGGACUUCAGGAGAGAGCCUCGUUUCUACUAGCAGAGCCUGCAAAACCCCCAAGAGUGAAGAUUUGUUGUUGUCCAGACAAGAGGGUUGUUUUGUGUCUCUGUAUUUAACGGUGAACCUCUCGAUCAGAAACUCUUUUCAAAAUGUAAUAUCUUUUGUUUUGCAGAACUUACUUUCUAAAACUGAGGAGCGCUACCACUUUUAUCCAGAAGAUCUGGAGAGGUUAUCGAUGUAGGAGGAAUUACAAAAUUGUAAGUCUUUCACAUCAUCAAAGCAUCGAUUUGUAGUUUCUGAUUCGUUCUAUCUUCUCUCUCUCUUUUUACAUUUGUUUAUUCACAUUUGUUCAUCACCAUCCGAAUAUGACUUUACUUAAAUCGUCUUUCUCUCAGAUGAAGUGUGGCUUCCUGCGGCUCCAGGCGGUCUACAGGGCGAGGAGGUUCUACAAGAACUACCAGAUGACCCGCCUAAAUGUCACCUACAUCCAGGCUCGCUGCCGCGGCUUCCUUGUCAGGCAGGCUUUCUGGCGGCGACUCCGAGCCGUGUUGACUCUCCAGGCCUACACCAGAGGCAUGAUAGCCAGGCGCCUCUGCCAGAGGCUGAGGGCAGAGGUAAAAAGUUCGAUGUACUACGUCUUCUUGGACCGUUUUGUCAACCUGUCAGUGGGAGAGGGUUACUGGUGUUAAAGAAGAGUGAUUGUGGUGUUCAUUUAACUGAAGUAUUGUUUGUUAGCAGAACAUUUAGGGGGUUUUUAAUACUUGGGUACAUCUGCUUGUUUAUUGUUUCUCUGAAAAGUCGAUGGGAGGAUGGAUACCUCUCACGUCUGUGCUGUUCAUGUGAAGAUUUGUUCAGGGGUCGAUAGACGAUAGACAUGGGUCCAAAUGGAACAAAAAAGUCUUGAUUUGAUUUUGAAAGUCUGAUACCUGGAGAGCCUGUCUUGCUUGUUUGUUGGUUUUUGGUCUCUUUACUAAAAUAAGCCGAGCUGUGAGUAGCUGUGAGCUGUUGCUUCAUGUUAUUCGUGACUUUUCUUCUUGAACAGAGAAGGAAAAAGUGAAUAAAGACAGUUUUUAAAACAAAAGGAUGUGAGGACAAAGUAGACAGCCCAGCACAGCACAUGUGAUUCAGACACUAGUCUGUCCUUGUCCUGAAAAGCCACACUGUUGGGUUAAUCCUUAAACCUUUCCUGCCUUUGUUUCGGCAUAUGAUGUUAAGUUUCACAAAUAGGAUUAAACACAGUCUCUCCAAUGAGACAUGCACAAGUUUGCACUCAUUUUUCCAUUUAGUCUUGUGGGGGUAGAAGAAAAGAUUGAAAGAGAAACCCUGUUUACAUUUCUGUGCGUGUAAAGUCAGACAUAUACUCCCUCAUUUGCAUCGGGCAAGAGAGGGGAGAAGAGAGAACAAGCAAAAAUGAUUGUGAAGAGACAAAGCUGAGGCAAAGAAAGAUUUUGGCUCGAUGAAGCUGCACACUUAACCUCCUCCUACUCCUCCCUUUUGCAGGAGUGAGAGAGGAAAGAUGUCAGAAAAAGGACAGAGCUUAAGGCUUUAUGCUCUACCUCCCCUUACCCCUAAUUUUCACUCUACAGAGAGGACAAGGAAAAGAGAAAAUAGGAAAUAAACCGUUUUUUAGUACUUUUGUGACUGAGGCUUUUGAAGAAAACAAAAGGACAACUUGAUCUUUAAGAUAACGCCCUUGUUGUGCUGCUUGCCAAGAUGAAUGUCAUAACCUUUCUUGGUUUCUGUUUGUGAAUUGUGAGUUUGUAAGGAUGUUUCUUGACCCUUUUUUUCCUCUUUCCCUGUUUUGAAUAAAUUCUCCGUAUUGUAAAUGUUUGUUUUGAUGCCAGUUUGUUAUCAGCUUAAUGAGAUAGAGUGAACUUUCUAAGGAAACACCGAGUAGUGUUUCGUAGCAGGUCUGCAGUUCCAGACUGACCCGUCCAAGAAGAAGAAGUUGAGUGGGUGAGCUUUGGGAAGCAGCUUGAGUGCAAACCAGAGGCAGCUUCCGCCAUGUAGAGCAUGUAGAAGUUUAGACUUACAGUAUAGUUAAUCUUUUUGGUCAUUGUUGUAGAGAGAUGACGACAAAAAGUCGAUUAUCUGUUGAGACAGAUAAUAAAAUGUUCCCCUCAGUUUGGCUGCUCUAGCUCUAAUCAGAAGGUUAGUUUAGAGCUUACAGAAACACUAACCAGCUGUACCCUCUGCCCGCCUCUGUGACCCCUCUCCCUCCUCUCUCACCCCCUUCACAGCUGCGGCAUCGGCAGGAAGCCGAGCGCCAGCGCCUAGCCGAGGAGGAGCAGCUGCGAAACCUGAUGACGGCUCGGCGGGCCAAAGCAGAGGCCGAGAGGAAGCACCAGGAGAGGCUCGUCCAACUGGCUCAGCAGCAGGAGGAGAGGGAGAGGGAGGAGAGGGAGGAGGCUAGGAGGAAGAAGGAGCUGCUGGAGCAGAUGGAGAGGGAGAAGGAGCAGCCCGUGGAUCACUCUGACAUGGUCGACCGCAUGUUCGGGUUCCUGGGGAACUCGGGGCCUUUGCCCAAUCAGGACGGACAAGCACCAGCUGGUUUUGAGGUGAGCGGUUACAGGUUUUUGUUGUCCACUUUACACAUCCAACAAUGGCCAAUGUUCACACUGAUGUCAUCUGAAUUUCAUCUUUAGAGAUGUUAAUAAGUUGAACCCUGUUCCCUUUUAUUGUCCUGUCAAUCUUUUCUCCAGUCAUGGUACAAAUUUUAAUCCAUUUUGAUACAUUACUAAAACCUGCUGAUGAACUUCCAGCUGCUCCGUCAUACAUGCUUUAGUCGUUUAUACCAAAUCUGUUAUUCAUAUACAGACACUGUUGAUGCAGGGCCGGGCAGCAGAGCUCCAGACAAGCUUCCAGACUCACAUUUAUAUCAUAUAUUCACAGGAUUAAAGUAGAGAUGGGAUAAAAAGUCGAUACAGGAUCGUAUCGGGAUAUUUUGUCUGGUGAUAUAUCGUAUCGUCUCAUUUACCAAGUAUUGAUUUUUUAAAAUUGAUUUUUAAUGUGAAGUCAAAUCUAUGAUAAUGGGAAAAUAAAAUCAACUGUUUGUCCAGUGAGGUUGGCAGAGGUGACGACAUAGAGCACGAGAAGGUUUGUGCAACAAUACAGGGUUUGCAAGAUGUCCUACAUGAAAAUAAAAUACAGCGUAAAUAAGACAAACUAAAUACUAAAUUAGCUAAACAGUUAAAAAAAUGUAUAAAUUGCAAUAUAUUGUAUCGUAAUACUCAAAAAAUACUGAAAGAAAUACUGAAAAAAAUGUUAAAAACCGCAAUAAUAUCGUAUCAUGGCUCAAGUAUCGUGAUAAUAUCGUAUCGUGGGGCCACUGGUGAUUCCCACCCCGAGAUUAAAGUGUUACUAGUGACAUGCAAUAAACAGCUACUUUUCAUGUUUUAAUAGUAUCGUAUCGUAUUUGUCAAAUCAUACUGUUUCAUGUCAUUAAUAACUGCAAUUUCUCACCCUAUGCCUUAUCAGCUGAACAUUCUCCAACAUACAGUCUCAUCUAUGUUGCACAUAUAGUUUUUAAUGUUUGUAUUUCUGUGCUCUUCAGGACUUAGAGAACACGCCUCACAAUGAGGAAACCGAAGAAGAGGAGCUGAAUGAAGCUCUUCCAUUACCUGACGAGGAAGAUGAAGAUUUGUCCGAGUAUAAGUUCUCAAAGUUUGCCGCCACCUACUUCCAAGGCGUUUCCACUCACACCUACAUCAGACGACCUCUGAAACAACCUCUGCUGUAUCAUGAAGAUGAGGGAGACCAGCUGGUGAGACCCACAGAAACCCCUUACCCUGAUUACAUUCCUAAAAAUAAACUGAGAAGGUAACAUUUGAAUUAAUCCUCUUGUCAACUAUUAGAGAGAUUAGCUGUACACAAAAAAUUCUGCUGUGAACUUUGGCAUUUUUAAAAUGGGCCUUAAUGGAGGUUGACUCACUUUUGGGAACAGCCUCAAGUGGCAGCUUGAGGAACUGCAGGUUUUUUAUAUCCAUGUUGGUUUCAGCAUUUGUGAAGCUAAAACACUUGACAACAAAUUCUUAUUUUUAUGUGAAUGAUGCUCCUUUUGCAUUGAGCAUUUUGAACGCUCUGUGACAUGUUUUCACUGACGGGAUUGAAGUGUUGCCCGCUAACUCUUAUCCUAAUCGCUGGUUUUAAGCAUCAUUUCUGUCCUCCAGGCUGCGUUGGCUGUGUGGAUCACUGUGUUAAGGUUCAUGGGAGACCUCCCAGAGCCAAAAUGUCAGAUGGUCAUUAAUGAUGGGAGUGAGAAGAUCCCUGUCAUGACUAAGAUCUAUGAAACCCUGGGAAAGAGGACGUACAAGAGGGAGCUGCAGGAGCUGCAGGUGGAAGGAGAGGUGAGAUGAAGCCAAGGGGGCUGAUAUGUUAACUUUUAUGCACUUGUUUAUGAUAACCUGAAGUGUAAUUAUGCUUAAUGUCUGUGCCAACAGAACAGCUCCAUAGACGGCCAGAAGAGGAACAGCAUCAGACAUAAACUCGUGUCUCUCACCCUGAAGAGGAAAACAAAGAUCACAGAAGAGGUGAGAAUCAGUCCGGCUCUUGAUACGUAAACAUUUCUAUACAUACACAUACUGAUACCACAUGUGGAUGACACGGGUUGAUAUCAGUCAUAAGUUUAUUACAUUUUCUUCUUUCGGGUCUUUGGCAGGUGACCAGGCGGUUCACAGACGGGGACUAUGGAGUCCAGGGGAACAGCAUGCUGGAGGACCGGCCGACCUCCAACCUGGAGAAACUUCACUUUAUCAUUGGCAACGGCAUCCUACGACCAGCCCUCAGGUGACUUCACUUCAGAUUUAAAACCCACUAACAUUUGGAGGAUAGUUUUCCUCCAUAAAUGUUCCUUUUUUGUGAGAAUGAAGCCCCUAAAACCUGACAGAGGGUUUUAAAAUCACAAGGCUUUAUCAGCUGAAUACAUAAAUUGAUCAAAACUCAUGUGAGGAGUUUUUUAAACACCAAUGAAGUCGAUUGAAAUCCACAUUGAUGCCAUUUUAUUGUAUCUAAAAGCAGAAAAAGAUCAUCAGCAAUCAGCCGGAUUAUUUCUUAUUUGUUAUUCUUCUCAAGUUAGAUUUCAUCAGCAUGUAGAUGACAAGUUAGGGUCAGGGUUAGGGUUAGGGUUCAUUGCAGCUGACUUGGUAAACAAAGUUCAACUUCAAAAUUUCACUGAGGAUUUAAAUCAGGAAUGAUUCUCUGUUGAGGUUGUUCAUCUUAUAUCACGUGAUCGUGAAGCUUUUUUGUUUUUAUUUCAGGGACGAAAUCUACUGUCAGAUCUGCAAACAGCUCACUCAGAACCCGUCCAAGAGCAGCCACGCCCGCGGCUGGAUCCUGCUGUCUCUCUGUGUCGGCUGUUUCGCCCCCUCAGAGAAGUUUGUUAAAGUAAGAAAACUCACAUUUACAUUUCCGAAUACAUGAGAAUUUGUCUGAUAUCUUUUCGUUCCCUUCUUUCUCUUCCCUCUGCCUUCAGUAUUUACGGACAUUUCUGAUAAACGGUCCCCCUGGUUAUGCUCCAUAUUGCGAGGAGAGGUUGAGGAGGACGUUCGUCAACCGCACAAGGACCCAGCCGCCAUCUUGGUUAGAAUUACAGGUACAGGAAGUAAUUUAAUGCUAAACCUGUCUGAGUAUGUGAAAGUAGUAGACUGUAUAUAGAAUGGACGCUGUCUGCCUCCUCGCUGGGUGAAGCAACCCAGAGAACAGCACCCUCUGGUGGCAGGCUGCAGUAUAGGUCGUAAAUCCCGCCUCCUCCAGCAAUCCCUAUGGACCUGUGGACAAACUUUAUUACACAGAAUACACAUUUUUCUCCCCCCUGCUUGCGAUGUUGACAUGUAGGUACUAUAUAUAUAUAUAUGUGUGUGUACAGUAACUAUAUGUCUACAGUCUAUGGUGAAAGUCUAGAAGAGUCUUCGAUAGCACUUUUACGAGUCACUACAAACCCAAAAACUUUUACUAUUAAUUUUGAAGUUAGCUGAUUCAAACUUGAGCCUGUGUCCUACUCAUUUCCCUAAUUUUACUUCUUAAUAUGGAAAUUAUCAACAUCUAUGCAACAAUACACAAAAAAGCUUUAUUUGACAGUAUGUGAAACACUCUUUACAGUUCUGUCUAAACUAUUUUCACAAUCCUCUAUAGAAAUAAUCCGAUCAUUGUUAGAGCCAAAAAACAGAAGAAGACAAUCAAUCAAAUCCGAGAAUUUUGUGGAAUAGGCAGUGUCAGUUGUGUUUCUCAAAAGUUCACAGUAUUUUGAUAAAAGGUAACUCUGGUGUUUUUGCCCCUUAGGCCACUAAAUCAAAGAAGCCCAUCAUGCUCCCGGUCACAUUUAUGGACGGCACCACAAAGACUCUCCUGGCUGACUCGGCCACAACCGCAAGUGAGCUCUGCAACGCUCUGGCAGACAAGAUCAACCUGAGGGAUCGCUUCGGCUUCUCUCUGUACAUCGCUCUGUUUGACAAGGUGGGGAAAAAAACUAUUCUGACUUUAGACAAGUGUUGACCUCUUAUAACAGGAAUUCAAUUUGUAAAUCUGACUCGUCCAGGUGUCGUCACUGGGCAGCGGUAGCGACCACGUCAUGGACGCCGUCUCACAGUGUGAACAGUACGCGAAAGAGCAGGGCGCCCAGGAAAGGAACGCCCCCUGGAGGCUGUUCUUCAGGAAGGAGAUCUUCAACCCCUGGCACAACCCUGCUGAGGACUAUGUCGCCACAAACCUCAUCUAUCAGCAGAUCGUCCGAGGGGUGAAGUUUGGAGAGUAUCGCUGUGAGAGGGUGAGUACAUGUACAUGGAUGUUUGAUGACACAAAUUUAGAGUCAGUCGUAGGUUAGAGAGAUUUCCUGCAGGAAGUGGUGUUCAUUUACAAUUUACAUGGUUUACAUUGACAUUAUAUGCUGUGUUGCAUUUGUUUAAAUGUUCUCUAACAUAACAGCACUCUGUUAGUAUGUAUUACUUUGACCAAGGCUAGUAGGGCAUGGUAGGGAUUCUGCAGACUUCUCUAACACUGACAACUUUUGCUGAUAUACAACUUUGCUGCAUGGUCCCUCUGCCGUAAUGUCGCGUAUGUCUCUUGACAAGCACAGCUGGUGCACUGCAGGUGCUCCUUUUUUCUUUCUGUGCAGGUUGCACCAAACAAAUAAUUGGUAUAGUGAGGUCCUAACAAUUAAUAAGUGGACACAGUUACUCGCUGUAUCCCUGAUGACAAAAAAAACCUCAAAAAGCAUCUUCAGGGACACAAAUACAGAUGUUGCCCUCUGCGUUUUGGGUUAUUAAGGUUGUUUAUAAUAAUAAUAAUACAUUUUAUUUGUUGAGCGCUUUUCAGAGACUCAAAGACGCUGUACAUAGCUAAAAUCAAAUAUCAGUAUUCAAUAAAAAUACAUCAAUAUACAAUAAAAUACAUCAAUAUCAAUUAAAAUCAAGUAAAAUCAGGUAAAAUCAACAAUCAGGGGGGGGGGGGGGGGGGGGGCUAAGGAAGAUUAAAAGCAGUGCGGAAAAGGUGAGUUUUGAGCUGGGUUUUGAAUUUGGUAAGGUUGGAGCAAUUUCUGAGGUCCAGUGGGAGUGAGUUCCAUAGGGUGGGGGCAGUGACUGAGAAGGCUCUGUUAUUGUUAUUAUUAUUAUUAUUGUGCUGAAAAUUUACCAAUAAUGUGAGUUUUUUUAAUCUAUUUAUUCAUUUUUUGUCGUGAUCAAUUUUUUUUAUUGAAUUUUUCCAUUUCAUUCAAGUAGAACAACGAAUAAACAAAGAUAUAAUGAAAAUACGCAUGACAGGACAAACAAACAACAAAAAACAGACAUAAAAACAUAUAAGCAUCAUGAAAAGAAAAAAAACACUAAAAAACAACAACAAAAAACAAGAUUAGGAGAAAAACCAAACAUAAAUUCACUGAGUUUGAUUUUUGUUGAAGUGCUCUCACUGUUGGAGGAAAGAUAUUUUAAUGCUUUUUCUCUUAACUACUUGAGUUUAUUUCUAAAUAUAGAUGUUUUCUUUUUAUUUCUAAACAUCUUUUUUUAUUUCACAAUAAUAUAACAACCAAGGAAAAUGACUGUUUUUUUUGUUUUUUGUUUUAACCACAUAAUUUCCUACCCUCCCCAUUAUUCCCUAGGGAUAUAGAAGAGAAAGCAAAAAAAUUAAAUAUACAUAAAUAAAUGACUAAAUAAAGAGUACAGAAUCAGACAAGUACAUUAAAGAGGAACAAAACAAGAAAAAUAAUUAAAAAUAAAUAAAUAAAAAAUAGUAAAAACAGAAAAAAGGCAACAACAAUGAUAUCAAUAAACUUCAUCCAAAUGUGUUUACAUGUAGAUAAUAUAUAUGAACAUAUUCAUACAAAUACAUACAUACAAAUGCAUACAUACUGAAUUACAAAUAAUCAUUGGUCUCUCUUAAAGAAAUUCUCCAAUUUUGAAAAUAACGGAAACCACAAAUCUUGAAAGAUAUAACCACAAUUGUAUUUUUCCAUGGUUAAUUUUUCCAGUGGUAAAAACGCUGACUUUUUUAUUUUAUUUUUUUAUAGAUAUUUUCUAUAUUUGCACAAACAGACCAGGUGCAGUGAGUUUGGUCCUCAUUGGCUUCCUUGUCCUCAUGUUGUAAUAGGAAUCACCUUUUACAUAAGUUUCCUCUUUAAUGCACUGGUCAUGAUUUUUCCCAUAAUGAUAAUUUUUCUUGUGAUGCCCUCUCUCUCUCUCUCUCUCUCUCUCUCUCUUUGCUGUAUCAAAAGGAGGAGGACUUGGCAGAGCUGGCCUCCCAGCAGUAUUAUGUGGAUUACGGCUCUGAGAUCCUCCAGGAUCGCCUGCUCAGCCUCAUCCCCUCCUACAUCCCUGACAGAGAGAUCACCUCGACUAAGACUGCCGAGAAGUGGGCUCAGCUCAUCAUCAGUGCCCACAAAAAGGUACCAGCUGCAGCAGACGACAAACACGGACACUUGUUCGCUCUUAUAGCUGAAGAGGUCGAUCUUAACUGAGCAGCUGGUAUUCCCUGCUCGGUCUUAAUAAGCUUAGCUCGUCCCGGAUCACCUCCUCCUAUUGCUUUUGUUGGAUAUGACGUGACUCCUGAAAUAAAGUGGAGAAAACAAAGCACGCCAGCUCCACAGUCAAACUAAUCCACAUGUAUACUUCAGAGAAGACUUCUAUGCACCAACCUCUAUCUAAGCCCACUUAACAGAGUAUUUAUGCACCCCAAGAUAGCUCCUCAUGGCUUGAUUCUGCAUAGGAUUACUGUCAGGGGCAUCUUUAAAUUACCUGCACUGCUGUUACAUGAAAUAAACUGACCCAGCAAUUACUGCAAUCACUAACCGCAGCUGACAUGUGCAGGGAUUACACAACAAACGGAGGCAGAACAUGCAGAGGGUGAAGGAGGACGUGGUGGAUUUCGCUCGUUUAAAGUGGCCUUUACUCUUCUCGCGCUUCUACGAGGCCUUUAAAUUCUCAGGUAGGUGACAAAACACCUCGAACAGUCUGAUAUGGACUCAGCUCUGACGGUAUUCUUAUGGAUGCAACUCCUCUUUUGUCCUCAGGUCCCAGUCUGCCGAAGAAUGACGUGAUCGUGGCGGUGAACUGGACCGGAGUUUACUUUGUGGACGAACAGGAGCAGGUUCUCCUGGAGCUCUCGUUCCCAGAGAUCACUGCGGUGUCAAGCAGCAGGUGAGAUCAUCUGAGAUAUUUGAAAAUAAAAUGGGAGCAGGAAGUGUGGAAAAGGUUAAAAAUAAGAGUCUUUCCAGGUCCAGAUCCAGGUACAAACUUCUCUGAAGGUCUGAGGCACUCAGAGGAUCAUUCAAGUCAAAUUUUACUUUUUUAUAAUAAUAAUAAUAAUAAUAAUAAUAAUAAUAAUAAUAAUGAUAACUUUAUUUUUAAAGCACUUUUAAAAACAGAAGUUUACAAAGUGCUUUGACAAACGGUCGUAAAGCACAGAACAUCAUCACAAUAAAAACAAAAGCUCAGUUAAAAACAAGACCUCUGAAUUGAAGGCCAAUUUCAUUCGUCAUAAGAAACCCAGACAAUACAAGAACACAACAACAUAAAAUGAGACCAUGAAGACCGAAAUAAAAACAUAAAAUAGGUACGAAAAAGAAAUGUAAUAAAAAAGGGGGUGGAAAGAAGGAAACGGGAUAGUAGAUAUAAAAGAGGAUAUUAAUAAUGAUAAUAAAAUAAUAAUGACGGUAAUAGUAAUGAUAAAAUGGAAUAACAAAAAUGAUCAGGAGGAGCUCUGAUGGAGAAAGAUCGAUCACCUUUAGUUUAGAGCUUUGACUUUGGAGCGACCAGGAGGCCUUCGCCAGAGGAUCUGAGGCUGCGAGUCGGCUCAUAAGGUAUUAAGGUAUGAGGUAAAAGCAAUCAUGUGCAGGGCUACAGAAUCAAAAUGAAAGUAUGCUUCCCUGUGAUGAAGGCCUCUGUAGCCUUAAAAAUAAAGGAGUUGAUGACGAAAUUCACUGAAGGAUGAACACCAGAAACAGAAAUGAUUUCUUUCCCUCUUUAGGACAGACCUGACAAAACUGGACUAUUAACCUCCUACAAAUCUGCAUCCAGACAAUUUCUAAAAAUAAUUUUGGAGGGGCUCUUACCGCUGAAGUAACCAGAAUGAAGCCUCUGUACUUCUCAGUAAAAAAUUACUGAUUGGGCUGUAAGUAAUGUAGCGCACAAAGAAGGAAGUGUUUAACAACUGACAACGUGAUCACUUGUAACAUAAAAGGGGUGGUUUCUAUCGUCCGCAGAGGAGAUACAGUUUUCAGAGAGCUCAAAGAGUGCAUCCCUGCAAACCUCUCUCCAGUUUCAUGUUUUUGUCUUUAAACCUUCAAGAGGUACGAGUACUAAAUGACGACUCAUGUUCGUUUCUCCAUCAAUGGUGAAAAGUAAAAUUUCACUUUCCAGAGGAGGCAAACUUCAGGGCCAGAGUUUCACCUUGUCCACCAUCAAAGGAGACGAGUACACCUUCACCUCCAACAACGCAGAGGACAUCAAGGACCUGGUGGUCACCUUCCUGGACGGUCUGAGGAAGAGGUCCAAGUAUGUGGUGGGACUGCUGGACUGUCCCAACCCUGGUGAGAUUUACCAUCAUUGAUUUUUCAAACUGCUGCUGCUGUAUUGAGGUGAUUAUGAAGUGUCUGAAAGUGUCGUUGUCGUGUUGCAGCGGGGGCAGAUUCCACAUUCUUGAGUUUCACUAAAGGAGACCUGAUCAUCCUGGAUGACCACAGCGGGGAGCAUGUGAUGAACUCCGGCUGGGCUCACGGCAUCAAUGACAGGACCAAACAGAGAGGAGACUUCCCCGCUGAGUGUGUCUAUGUGUUACCCAGCAUCACCAGACCGCAGUAUGACAUAGUGGUGGGUGGAGCCUCAUCGGUUUUCGAAUGUUUUGGUCUCAUUUAUGGAGUUUUGAAAUCCUUUGUUAACAGCUGCAAGAUAGUAAAACCACAUUUAUUUAUAAUUUCCUAAUCAACAGUCAUGCAGCCUUUUGUUACAUGCAUAUCCGUGCAAGUUAAAGCUUUUAUGGUUGUUACGUUACAAGUCAAAGGAGAACAUAGAUAUAAGGUGACAUGUGACCUCUUCAGAAGUCAGCAGGAUUUCGGUUCAGAUUUAAAGCAGCCGUUCUAAUAAGCUGAAAUCACCGUUGGAUGCAUUUUACUAAACGUGUAAUCAUAAGAAUGAAUAAUGUGGUUUCAUGAUGCUAACGUUCGUCUUUCUCUCUCAGGCUCUGGUGACGAUGACUCCUGAUCAGAGACGUGAAUCUAUCGGUGUGUCCCAGAUGAACCUUUCUGACAAAGAGGACAAAACAAAAGCCUACACGCUGGAGGAAUUCUCCUACGACUACUUCAGGUGUGUCUAUUCUUCCCGUUUUUUCCUUAUUCUCUGAGGAAGAAGUUGAAAUAUGUUAAGUAUACUUACAGAUAUCGGUUGAUAGAGAGAUCAAUACUCUUUAGUAUAGUUUCUGUGUUGAACCAAUUCUGACCCGUCUUGCAGACCUCCUCCUAAGAGCACUCUGAGCCGGGUGAUGAUCUCUAAGUCCAGAGGAAAAGAGCGCCUGUGGAGCUGCGCGAGGGAACCAAUCAAACAGCCUCUGCUGAAGAAAGUGUUGGCUCACGACGAGCUCUCCCAGGAGGCCUGUUUGGCCUUCAUGGAUAUCCUUUAGAAACAGCACAUGAGAAAUUUUCAUUUAAAGACUUUCAGUUUGUGUUUUUUUUUCUUCCUUUUUACCAGAACACCAGAAAAUUAUGAGAAUUUAACUUUUUUUUUCUUUGUUUCAUUUCUCAUAGUGUCAUAUAUCAUAUCAUUUUUGCUGUACCAGCUGACAGGGUCCAGUCUUUCUUUCUGUCUCAUGGUUUUACGUCCUUGACCUCCGCUCCACCCAUCAUGAAGUACAUGGGCGACUAUCCGUCUAAACGAGUGCGUUCAGUCAACGAGCUCACCGAUCAGAUCUUUGAGGGAGCGCUGAAGGCCGAGCCGCUUAAAGAUGAGAUCUUCUGUCAGAUUCUGAAGCAGCUCACGGAUAAUCACAUCAAGUACGAGUGAAAUAAACACACAAAAACACUUGUUUACUUACCACAUUUUAUCAUUUGGACCAGUUAUUUGUCAUUUUUGUGUUUCUGCAGGUACAGUGAGGAGAAAGGUUGGGAGCUGCUGUGGCUCUGCACUGGUUUGUUUCCUCCCAGUAACACCCUGCUGCCUCACGUCCAGAGAUACCUGCAGGCUAAGAAACACUACCCGCUCGCUCCAGACUGCAUGCAGCGGCUACAGAAAGCGUUACGGUAACACAAACACACACUUACACAGACUCACACACACACUUUCAGAUUGAGUUUUCUCCAGCUCACAUUCAUGUCAUGUCUCCUCUCUGUUCUUUAUAACAGGAAUGGAUCGAGAAAAUACCCCCCUCACCUGGUGGAGGUGGAGGCCAUCCAGCACAAAACCACUCAGAUCUUCCACAAAGUUUACUUUCCUGACGACUCUGACGAGGUCACAUUACCGUCAUUUUUUUACUGUUAACUGCAUGGGCUACACUGAUAUGUUUAAGAGGCCUGUGCUUGUUUUUUUCUGUUUGGUUUUAUAUUGAUUAUUUAAGGUAAACACCUGAAAGAGUUAAUACGCAUAACUAACCUGCAGCUUCUGGUUUUGACUCAACUUCAUCAACGCUCUGCACCUCCCUUCACCUGUUUCUGUGAAUACAUUUUCUUAUGAACACAAUUUAUCUUGUUUUAUUUCUUAUUUUCUGUCUUUUUUUAUUGUGUUUCAUAUGUGAGCCUUGGUGUCGGUUCUUGUUUAUUUUUGCUCGCAGGUGUUUGAAGUGGAGUCGAGCACCAAGGCCAAAGACUUCUGCCACAACAUCUCUGGACGCCUGAUGCUCAAGUCUGCUGACGGCUUCAGUCUUUUUGUGAAGAUCACAGACAAGGUGAAUGAAAAACUAAAUUAUUUUAGGGUGACCAUAUUCUGACUUCCCAAAAAGGGGACACAACUACGUGGGGGGCAGAGUCCGAGAGUCACAAGAAGUUAAUUUUGAGAGUUUUUCGAGUCGGAUCAAGUGUCAUUUACACGCUUCUAACUCAGUAAGUCCAACUGACACAAAAUCGAAACUUACAUACUGAACCGCGGACAUUAAAAGGAUUUUAUAAACUUCCCUGGACAAAGCUGGACAAGGCCGGACAGCCCCCAAAAAAGAGGACAUAUGGUCACCCUACGCAAUAAACAUCUUUGCAGAGAUUGCAGGAGUUUUUUCAUCUUUAGAAAGUGCAGAUAAAACAAAUAAAGCAAACACACGGCUCGAUCUUUGUUGAUGAGUUUUGAAUUGUUCUAGUUUCUUCUUAGUCACCAGUUGCAGAGAAAAUAUGUUGCAUGCAUUUCUUCAAACAGAAUGAAAGUGUAUGAUUUAAUGGUUUUGCAGGUCAUCAGUGUGCCCGAUGGCGACUUCUUCUUUGACUUUGUGAGACACCUGACUGACUGGAUCAAGAAGGCCAGACAUGUGAAAGACGGUAAACGAAGAAUUAUUCUUCUUUAGGGGCUUUAUUCUUGUCAGAUAUCCAAAUUAUUAAAUAUUAAAAAAUUUAAUAAUAUAGUAUGAAAAAAUAAUAAUUAAAAAAAUUUGAAUUUCCCAUAGGGGCUAAAUAAAAAUAAAUAAUUAAGUUAUUAAUAUUCUUUAAGCUAUACAGUGCAAUGGGUGUCAGUUAUUGACUCUAGCACGAGUUGUAAACUUUUAAAACUGUAAGGGACCAGUACAGAGAGCUCACUGGACCAAAAAUACAAAGUAACAUUGAAACUUGCCCUCAAAAAUUAUUAUUACCGCUUUUGAGCGAUCUAAAGAAUGCGUGUUUGUUAUUUAGCAUAUCUUAUGUAAUAUUCUACUACUCAAAAUUCCCAAUUAAAAAUGAAUAAAAUUAAAAAUAAUAAAAUUGGAAAAGCUGAAGAUAAAUCAAGCUGACAAAUUUAACAGCCCAAUCACUAAAGUUGAUCUGGGGCAAAUGGAAAGUUAAACCUCCUUCGAAUCGUAAACUAUCCUUUAAAAAUAAAAUUAAAAACAAAUAUUAAAACAGUUAUCAAAAUAAAAGUAUAAACUAAAAAACUUUGAUGAAUUAAACUAGCAAAAAACAAAUUAUUACCUUUACAAAGAGCUGUGUAUUUCAUGUGUUGUGUAUCUUCUGAUUGGUGUAUCCUCCUGUUACUCUUCAUCACCUCUGUGUGUGUGUUGGCUGUUCAGGUGUGGUGCCUUCACUGACCUAUCAGGUGUUUUUCAUGAAGAAGCUGUGGACUAACACUGUUCCUGGGAAAGACUCCAUGGCUGACUCAAUCUUCCAUUAUUAUCAAGUAAGUCUCAUCUGCAGAAGUUCAAAGUAAUUAGGUAAUCAUGUGAAAGUCCAAACUCUAAUUAGAGCAGCUGCCUCUAAUUAAAGCCAGCUGCCUCUAAUUAAAGGCAGCUGCUAAUUAAGAACAGAUGCUAACAUACGAUCUGAAACUCCAAGUAUGUCUUUGGUCCACAGGAGCUGCCUAAGUAUCUGCGGGGCUACCACAAGUGUACAAGGGAGGAGGUGUACCAGCUGGGGGCGCUAAUCUACAGGGUGAAGUUUGAGGAGGAUAAAUCCCACUUUCACAAUAUCGCCAAGAUCCUUAAGGAGCUCGUCCCUCAGGAUCAGAUCAGACAUCUGUCCCCUGAAGACUGGAAGAGGGUGAGCCGAGACAUUGAAAUUUAUGGCUUCAGACUGAGCAGUUCAUUAAGAAAUUGACCCAAACGUGAAAGCAGUCACACGGUGAAAAAAAGGGGGCCUUUUAGUCAAACUUUUAUUUGGGAUUAAUUGAGGACUUCAACUUGUCUCAGUGAGUGCUGGAAAAAUUCAGGCAUCCAGCAGUUAACUAACCAGACAAAGACAGGACACAAACAGACUGCAGCAGUGAUAGAAAAUACAAAUAAAUCAUAGCACUUUGUUUUAGACGUGUUUUUGCAACUUCACUGUGUUGAUGAUUUUUAUUUGCACAUCCAUUUCCUCCAGACACAUAUCAGCUCUGAUCUUACCUCAUAAAAAAAACUGCACAUCUGAGGCCACUGAGUAAAUGUUUAAUUACUUAAACUACCGGACACGUUAAAAAUCUGACUAGAUAGUGAAGCCAGAGGAAAAAAUAGGGGAACAUUAAAGUUAUUAUGGGGGAAACAUCAGCACAGCACUGAGUUUUCUGGAAACCCUACUUCCUCACUGCCUCUCUUUACCAUCCGAUUCACAUCACACUGUUUUUUUCAAAUUCAGACCUUUAUAAUCUCUGUUAAGUUUCUAUAAUUCCUUGUGUCUCUCUCUCUCAGUCCAUCAUGCUGCUGUUCAACAAGCACUCAGGAAAAACCCGAGAAGACGCCAAACUCGCCUUCCUCAAAAUCAUUUACAAAUGGCCCACGUUUGGUUCUGCCUUCUUUGAAAUCAAGGUGAAGAUUUCACACCUCAGUUCGAAACACUCUGAUGAUUUCGCUUUUUUGUGUGUUUAGCAGUAGAUAUUAAAAUCUCUCAAACUUUUCACUGAGUACAAACAUCAUAACGUAGCUUCACUCCAACAGGAAAACUAUUUCUUAUGCAUUUCAGAAUUGGAUUUGCCUUAAACAAAAGUCAAAAAGUUGAAAUGUUCAUCAAACUGUACUUCAGUAGUGCUUGAGUAAAUCUAUGAAAGUAUCUCUGUGAUAACGUCUGUCCUCUUUUGCUCUUUCUGCAGCAAUCCACUGAUCCAAAUUACCCAGAAACCCUCCUGAUAGCUAUUAACAAACAUGGAGUCAGUUUAAUUGAUCCCAAAUCGAAGGUGAGUCCGGAUUUAUCACACACACGAAUAUGUGAAGACGUGAUAUCAGAUUGUUUUGACAAGAUUUCCUUUGAAAAUACAAAUAGAGGUGCAUUUGUGCUGUUUAGGUGGCAAACUUACAGAUGUUUGUUCUUUGUCGGUGUGUUUCUGAAGAUAUUUGUGCAGCCUGUGUUUGAUAUCUAUUGUAUUAUCAUGAUUAUUUUUAUCUUUAUUGCUGUUUUUUGUGUUGUUGUUUUUUAAGUUCUUUGUACACUAUAUAUUGAAUUGUUUUGAUUUUAAUCAGUGAAUGAAGUAAAAAUUUAAAAAGAAAUAAUAAAAUUUAUGCAACAGCAGUUUUAUAUGUUUGGGACAUAUAUUUACUUAAAGAACUGCCAUAAAAUAAAGUUUCUUUGAUAUUUGGUAACAGUUUUUGAGUUUUGCUUUUUCAUGAUAGCACCAACGACGAGUCACAGACGGAAAAUGUUUUUGCAGUUUUUCAAAAAACCUCUGGAAAGCUCUGAAACUCAGGACUCAGCUGUCAGUCCAGGGAAUAUUUAAUACUGAAGGUCUUCUGUGUUCACCCUUCUGGUUGUUUUUCUCACAGGACAUCCUCACCACUCACCCCUUCACAAAGAUCUCCAACUGGAGCAGUGGAAACACGUACUUCCACAUCACCAUUGGAAACCUGGUCCGAGGCAGUAAACUGCUGUGCGAGACCUCACUGGUGAGACACUGACAUUAAUGUGAUUUUGAAAAAGGUAGUAAGGUGACAAUCAUUUAUCACCUUUCAUAUUACAUACUGCAUUCACUACAGUAUGUCUGACGGUGUCAUUUAACCCACCAGGGCUACAAAAUGGACGACCUCCUGACCUCGUACAUCAGCCAGAUGCUGACAACCAUGACCAAACAAAGAAGCUCCCGAGGAAACAGCAAAUAAACUCCACCACAGUCGAUCAAUUCACUCAUUCAUACAUGGAAACAAACGUGCAUUCAUUCACAAUCGCCCCUCUUGUGAUCUUCGAGGCAUUUCACUGUGAUGCUGAUGUUGUGUUUUCAUUCAUGUUGAUAUUUAUUGGCCCUGUCUUAAAACUCACCUACUUUGCCUUUGAAUUAUCUUUUUUCCACCUUUGGCAAUUUGAAUUUCAGUCGCUGUUAGCUGCGAGUUAGUUUUACUUGUUUAUCAACCAGGUAUUGGGAAGUGCUGCGAAACUUGACAAUCUUUAGACUUUUCAGACAGACUUUAACACCACUGUGACCCUGUUUACGCUUGGUUUUAAAUGAGUGAGCUAAACACAAGAAGAUAGGUGUGAAGCAAAGCUAAUCUAAAGCUAAUCUCUGAUCUCUAAUGAAUGAGAUUAUUAUUUUAUCAGAUGGACGCAGUGGGAAAUAACUAGCUGAAAGAAGUCAUUUGUGAACUAAAUUGGUACCACUAAACUGGCAAAUAUUAUCUAAGAGUAAUGUCAUGUGAGAGUCUGAAAACUAGACCGAAUCAUUGGCAUGCUGAUGCAAAAAUCAGGAGAGGAUUUCUUAUGAAAAACUAGUCGAAUUUCACCCACAAGCGGAAGUCAAAUAUGCCAGAACUACUUUAAGCGGAUUGAUUUGACUUAACUUCUGUGGCGUUGCACUUGUUAUGCAUUGAUAGGCAUACAUCCCACUGCGCAUUGCGAUGUCGAAAUGACAUCUAUUUAACGUAUUUUUUCAACGAUGAGGUACAAAUCUGGACUUCAUUUCAACGUCUAAAAGAGGUCCAAUAAUGACGUCUAAAUUUCUAACCUAUUUUGCACGUCGCACUGACGUCUCGAUAUGGUCUCUGAUGGACCGACCCAAUACUGACUCGAUCUGCACGUCUCUUUAUUUGGUGGGAUAGGCUUAUAAAAUAUCUAUGGUGAUAGGUUAAUAACCGUUGCCAAGGUGUUUAGACCAAUCAGAAUCAAGUAGAUAACAUAAUUGGAUGAAAGCCGGGAAAUGAUUCCUAAUGGUUCUGAUCAGCAUUGCUGUGUUUUAAAACUAAGAGUAAACAGGGUUAUUUUUCCUCCACUUUAAUGAGUGAUUGAGAUGGUUUAACGUCGCCUCUGUCUGUUUAUUAAAAAAGUCUUUCUUGCUUAAACUAUUGUGAGAAAAGAUAAGCAGUCCACCAAAUCCCCUCAAACAGACGUCUUAAUUCUUGUUUUUCUUUUACAUAGCUCCAUCUUAGAUUUAUUUAUUCUUAGAGUUAUUUUAAGUCAAAAAGACAUCCUUAAGUAAUGACUUCCUUUAGAAUACAUCCUCCUGAAGAUCACAUCUCUCCAAGAACAAACUCCAGUGCUGUGAAGUGGUGCAGAUUUGAACCUAUUUAAAAACACAAUCUGGUAAUUUUUUUUAUUGCUUUAUUAGUCAUGCAUGAGCGAGGACAUGGACUGAACGUGUGCCACAAAGUUCAAAGACAGUUAGUUUCUCUUUAAGUUUGGAUCCACAGUAGAUUUAACAACAGGCCGAUGUUAACAGUCUGUAGGUGUAGACUGAUAUUGGGCUCAUUUGUGUAUUUUUUUUUUCUAAAUGUAUAAACCAUUAGUGUUGAUUUUUAAGCAAAAGUCAUAAUCAGUUUUCUGUUUAUAUGAAGGAGGAAAUAUUCCACCCAUGUGACCAUAUUUACAAAUGUAGACAAAAAUAAACAACAUUUUACAAAAAGAAACAGAGAAGUUAUGAGAUCUGACCUUUUUUCUAAGAAGAAGUCAAAUCAAUGCAGGAGUCAGAAAUCUGAAGACAAGUUGAGUUCAGGAGAAAAGUCAGAAGUCCAUGAGUCAAGGUUUAAAAAAAAAAAAGUCAAAUUUAUAAAAAUAUUCCAUAGUUUUUAUGAAAGUCAGAACUCUAGAAAGAGUCAGAAUUUUAAAAAACAGUUUUACCUUUGAAGAAAUGUCAUUAAACUAAUGACAGAAACAAAAGGAACAGUGUAAAAAAUCAGAGAAAAAGUCACAUUUCAAAGAAAAAAAAAUCCAACUCUGAAUAGACACAUCAGAAAUUUUUAGGGGGAAAAAAAUCCAAAUUCAAAGGAAAGUAUAAAUUUUUAAAAAAUUCAGAUUUCUAAAAAAGUCCAAAUUUUGAAAGAAAACUGAACUCUGUUGAGAUUUCAGGAAAAAAAGGUCAGGAAUCAGAAUUUAACCCUUUAAUGCCUGAAACCACAAAUUAUGCCUAGAAAGUUAAAAAUUUUUUGGAGCUAAAAUGUUUAUUUCACUUACUACCGAAAAACAAAAAAAUCUAAAUGUCCUUAAAAUUUAACAAAUAUAUUUAUGUGUCUCAUUUGAUGCAUUAGAUGUUUUUGAAAACUGAUAAACCAAAAGAGAUUUUUAACAUUUAUCAGACUGUACUCUGAUGAUUUUUUUUGUUAUUUUUUCCAUCGUAUUGAUUUGAUAGCGGUAUCAUAAAAGUAUGUAUCAAAUACGAUACAAAGGCCAAUAAAGGGUUAAAGAAGAGAGUCUAAAAUGAAAAAGAAUCAAUUCUAAAUUCUCAAAAAAGUCUUCAGAAAAGUCCAGAAGGGGAUCAUUUAAGUUCUUGUAUCUUGGUGAAAAGUCAGAUUUCUAGGAUGAGUCCGCAUUUAGGGGAAAAAGUCUGAAAGGAAUCCUCGAGAAAAGUCUGAAUAAAAAGUAAGAAUUCAGAGGAAGCCGAGAAUUCUAAGUAAAGGUCAGAUUUGUGGGAGAAAAGGUUUAUUUUUUUCUUCAGUUUAAAAAAAAUAUUGAAUUCUGGUUCAGAGUUUACCAAGUUCACCUCAGUGGGUCUCUUCCAUCUAAAUGAAGCGACAAUCCAACUCUGUUUGUCAUGAUGGAAAUGAAAAACUCAGAAAGAAACAAAUAGUUUGCAUCCUUUUAAUUCAAACAAAGAGCACUUCAAAGUAAUUGUUUUUUCAGAGAUUGUAGAAUUUUGGCAGUAUGUGGCUCAGGUGUUGGCUACUCUAAAACACGGACAUCAGUGCUCGGUCACAGCUGCCAAGUUGUGCAUCUUCUCUGCCUGAGAGUUGGCGCUGGAGACCGACCAGAUAUCACUCAGCUCUACGACAUAUGAGAGAUACAGAAAUGAUGUUGGAUUUCAAUCACAAAAGGACUUAAAUUUCUAUAAAUAAGAACAGUGGAGUAGGUGCUGAAAGGAAUCACAGUAUCUCUGUCUCUGCCUCAUGUUGGCUCACCUGUUCUGAACUUGCUGUAAGUCCCGUUCUCCGCGGUGAUUUUGACCCCUGAGUAGUCAGCCAGUCUUCGCUCUCUCCACCUGACGAGCAAACACAGCGUGAACAUAACAUCGAGAUGAUCGCUGCUGCUUUCUAUCUUACAUAAAUGAUCACUUAAUACUUGUGUGAAAUACCAGUGAAAGAAGAAGAUGCUGAGGAUCAACAUGAGGGAAACCACAUCAGUAAGAAUCCACAUCAAGCUGUACUCAUCAGGACUCUGCGGGAUAAAAACAGGGUUUAGUUCAGUUUAGUUUAGUUCAGUCUUCUACCAGACAGGCAAAUUAUCAGAUGGACUGAAGUGAGAGCUUGUACUGUAUCUGGAGAGUUACCAUGAGGAGUAGAGGUGACUUCAUGGUGCUGAGGAGUUGUGGGUUGUUGGUGGUGAUGGACUGAACUCCACAGCACCAGGCCAGAGAGAAGAGCCACGGCUGACUUAUCACAUACAGGUUAGUGCUAAUGUUCACCGCAGCAUACUCUCUGCAUACACGUUAUAAAAGAGACAUAGUGAGCUACAGAGUGUAAAAACACACUCAAACACACACACACACGCACAUUUAGUGGUACCUGACGAGCUGAGAGGACAUAUGGCUGUAGUGUAGGUUGAGUUUGACGAUGUUGUUGCUCUGCAGCUCCUCUAGAGGGAGCCGACUGCCUGAUGUCUGCUGGAGGUCAGGAUCCAUCUCCUGGACCAGAGCGCGCAGGUCUGAGGGCAGCCACAGCACCUGGAAAGAAACAGAGAGAGAAUCAGAAUCAGAAAAUAUUUAUCGCCAUUUGUGCAAGAAAAGACAUAAUAGGAACUUGUUUUAGCGAUUUCCCCUGCACAUGUUACACAAAUGGACAGUGCGAGGGACAGGAACAGUGCCACAAAACAUAAACAUAACAAGUGAUGAGUAUUAUUAACCAUUAAAUGAUAAAGUCAAAGUGCAGAGGAGAGUCAGAGGUCAACAGUACUUCAAAGCUCAAAUCAAAAGAACACAAUCUCAGCCCAAGUCCAGCUUCUUCAAGAGCUCUUCACAAACUUUUCAACCAAUGGUUUCCACUCUCCCCCUCUUACAUAACUUCCAGGCAGCUAAUCAGAGCAGCAGCUCAUUAUCACGGCGUCCCUGCCUACUUGGAUGGCUGCAUGGAUACCAAAGUUAGGAGCAAAAGGCAAGGCACAAACUUGAAGUAUGAACGCUGUCUGGGAAAAAGCAGAUAUACAAAUAGUUUCAUUUAAAAAGGUGCAUGCUCAGACAGAUCAGGAGGUGUAUUGGCGCCAAGACCAUCAUUUAAAAGCCACCAGAUGUCAACAUGUUCGCCAAGUUUCAAGCUUCGAAGCUUUGAAACUUUUCCGGCUUAAAUCGAAAGAAGGAGUAAAAACUUUAUGAGGUUUUAUUCGCUAUCUCUAGUUCAUCUCUAGUUCUUUCAGCUGCAAUAAAACUGUCAAGUACAGUCAAGUAUUAGUCAGCACUUCAAGUUUUGUUAAGUGUCAAAAAUCUUUUUCAAAAGUUGUGAAAAAAAGGAAUAAAGUCAUUGCAGUAAUCUAAGAUGAUAAAAAAGGGACGUGUACUGAUCUGCAAAACAAAAUACAAUUUAACAGCAGACAAAAAGACAUAAAACUUUAUUUAUAUGUAUAUUUUUGAGUAUUUUCAUAGUCUUUUGGCUUUUAGAAGUCGUUUUAAAAAAAAUGUUCAUCAUACUUCUCAAGUUUAGUGAGUAAUAAAAAUAAUCAGUUAUGAUUUAAAGCUGCAACUUAAUAUUUUGGCCACUUGGGGGCAGCAGAGGCAUGCAGUAAACAGGGAUUAUUGACAUGUUGCUGUUAGUUGAUGUGGAAAAACUGAUAGUGUUUCGUUGACCUCUUUGACUAAUAAACUUCUGUUGAAAAUGUAAA